CUUAGGGUGCGAAGUCUAUGAUUUGCCUCCCAUCGAAUGCUUCGUUAGCUUCAAGGUUGAUGGCAAGCCAAAUUUUUUUAAAUGCAAAGGGAUCUAAUCUAAUAUGAUUCCAGAUCUCUUUCUUACUCCUUAUAUGCGAAAUGCACUUCCCUCUCAGGACUGGACCGGCUAGUUCAAGCUAUGCGGCUCACGCAUAUCAUAGAUAUGCCUUUAGAAAUGUCUUAGUUGGAAAUGUCCCCUCGUAUAGACAUACCUUUACAACAUUUGGUCCCCUGGCUCGCGUCCAAAAAAAGGGGAAGCCAAAUCCCUAUGCCAAAGCUCGGCAUUUGAAGCAGGGUGCACCGUUUAUUAAUCCAAGAUAUCAAGAAGCUCAAUCCCGUUUGAAUAAAUUAGGCGAAGAUGGUUCCGAUGGUUCCAAGAAAUCCAAACAGUCGCAAAGAGAAGCGACGAAGACCUAUGGCAUAUUCCGAAACCUAACUCUUGGUAGAUAUGAUCUGUUGAUGAAUACUUCAAAUUCUUGGGGAGGCAAGCAGGAGGAGUACAAGUCAUUCGGUCUCAACUCCAAGCUCGACUUCGACCGCGAGGUAAAGUUGUUUAGGAACUCGAUUGAAAGGGCUUGCGAUCUUGCGAGCGAGAAGAAUGCUAUCUCAAAGACCGAGAACCCCUUGUUCUGGGGCUUGCGCAAUGCUUUCGUUGAAAAUGAUAUUGUUGGGCUUACUGACGAGUUGACCUAUGGCUUCCAAAACUUUCUUAUGCGCUCAAGAUUUCCCAAGAAUAUCGCCGCUACGCAUAAGAAGAUUGCGGAUUUUCGGUUUCCUUACGAAUGGUUCCCUGCUACACGGGCUAUGCAACGCACAAUUCAUCUUCACGUCGGUCCGACGAACUCUGGGAAAACCUACAAUGCCCUAAAGGCACUUGAAAACUCCAAGUCCGGUAUCUAUGCAGGCCCUCUUCGGCUAUUAGCACAUGAGGUAUAUACUCGCUUCAAUGCUAAGGGCAAGACAUGUGCCUUGAUUACCGGUGAAGAGCAGCGUAUUCCUGAGGACCAAGACAAUUAUUUUAGAAGCUGUACCGUUGAGAUGACCCCUCUUAAUUUGCCAGUGGACGUUGCAGUCAUUGAUGAGAUCCAAAUGAUUGGAGAUGCCGAAAGAGGAUGGGCGUGGACUCAAGCGGUCCUAGGUGUACAAGCCAAGGAAGUCCAUCUCUGUGGAGAGGAGCGUGCUGUGGAAUUAAUUCAGUCUCUAUGCGCUACCAUCGGCGACGAAUGCAUUGUAACGCGGUAUAACAGACUCAGCCCGCUAAAGACCAUGGAUACGAGCCUGGACAACUACUCAAACCUUGAAAAGGGGGAUGCGGUCAUCACAUUCUCCCGAGUUGCCAUCCACGCUAUAAAGAAUCAGAUCGAGAAGACUACGGGUCGCCGAUGUGCUAUGGUCUACGGAUCAUUGCCACCCGAAAUUCGUGCUCAGCAGGCCGCACUUUUUAAUGAUCCUGAUAACGAUUACGAUUUUCUCGUCGCCAGUGACGCUAUUGGCAUGGGUCUCAAUUUAGAAAUUAAACGGAUCAUUUUUGAGCAAACACACAAACGUACGAAAACCAGCUACCGGCAAAUAUCAGUGUCCGAAAUCAAGCAGAUAGGAGGUAGAGCUGGCCGCUACAGAACGGCACGCCAAGCAACCCAAUCGGAAUCGACGACGGAUGCAAAUGGAGAAGAGACAAUUGGAACCCCACCGCCCAAAACUGGCCAGCCUGGGUUGGUGACGACUCUAGAAAAGGCCGACCUUUCUAUCGUAAAGAAGGCAUUUUCUCGCGAGCCGGAACCUAUACUGUCGGCUGGCAUACAACCACCACCGUCGGUCAUCGAACGAUUUUCAUCCUACUUCCCGCCUAAUACUCCAUUCAGCUAUAUAAUAUCCCGCUUGCGAGAUAUCGCCCGAGUUUCUCCGAGAUUUCACAUGUGCGGCCUAAAAGAAAUGCUAGCGGUUUCUGAUUAUAUCCAACCUUAUCCCAUGUCGGUUUAUGAUCGAUGCGUCUUCUUAAAUGCGCCGGUCUAUCUAGCUGAUAAGUCUGGCGUUGAAAUACUGCAAGCUUUCGCGAGGUGUGUUUCUAAUAUGGAAGGAGGUGAGCUACUCGAUAUCCCAGGGAUCGACCUGGAACUUCUUGACACGGUCGAGGAGGCGACUGGUAACUCACCAGAAAAUCUGCGACGACUAGAAAGUCUUCACAAGACGAUAACACUCUACCUCUGGCUUAGCUAUCGGUAUUCUGGCGUCUUUCGAAGCCAGAACCUUGCCUUUCACGUGAAAGAAUUAGUAGAGGCUCGGAUCGAUGCUCAUCUGGCUAAGGUCAGCGUUGACACUGCUAAGCGUAGAGCGAGAUUAGAAAAGAUUCGCCAGCAAGCUAGUAAAUCGGAGCGCAAGAAAGAAAGAGUUCUUGGUGGAGAUGCCUCGAUCGAUGGACCCGGGCAUGAAAUACCUGGCGAAUGGAAUGAGGAAGGACAUGAAGAACCCUUAUAUGAUAGCCCCGAUGAACUGGAGCCCAUCACUCGGCUAGAGCCGCACACUAAAAAGAAUGAGGCCGCCCGAAGAGCUUAGACGGGCAUAAAUUAGAUAGAGGUGUCGUACAUGUAUAUCCAGGGAUGUAACAUAGUGUACAAUAUGGCGACUAGUGAGGACUAAGUCUACAGGAUAACUCCAAUCACAUAUAGCCCUCCUAUAGGCUAGGUAUAUACAUACCAAAAAUAGGACAACGACUAAGAAUAUAUUAGUACAUGCUAGAUGCCUUACGUAGGUAUAUGUAAGACUGAAGUAUCUACCUAAAUAUACAGGUACUAAGGCACCUAACAUGUAAUUAGAGUAAGGAGGAAAGCGCAUACACAUGUAUGUAUGCAUGUAUAUACUAACUAUUCAUAAUUGGAAGAAGAAAGAUCUUUCGACAUAGAAAAGGCAAGG